AUGCCUAGUGCCAACAUUCCUCGCCGCUCCGUCAUUGCGCUGCUCCCGCCUGAGCUGAUUGUGGCUAUUGCUUCGCUUCUCAGCUCACCCGAUCUGAAAAAUUUCCGACUCUGUUCUAGAUUCAUAGCCGGAGCUUCGCGCCAACUUCUCGCUUUGAAAGAAUUUGUGGGUUUUCCUUUCAGACAGGACGCACAACGACUUGCAGAUCUGUCCCAGCAGCCGCAGUUGGUGAGCCGUAUCCGAUCCGUCAAAUUUUACUUCGCGAGGAUGGACCAUGAUGAAAUCAAGAGAGAAAGCGUCUACGAUUGGGGGACAGGAUAUGAUCAGUUUGGCCACUUGGUUGAUCAAUGGGAUGACUACUUCAACAAUCAGGCAUCAGGUGAAGGCAACCCACAUCUCGAUCUGGACCUUGUUGAGCCUGCCUUGGAGCGACUCAUCAACCUCGAGUCCGUCUAUCUAACGUGGACCGAGUGCCCGUGGAAAAUCGAAGAGGUCAAAAGAUGGUUUAAUGACGAGACCUCGGUAGACCUGGCCAGAGAGGAACUUUUCAAUACCCAGCGCGCCGUUCUCGACUUCUUGAAGAAACGCAAUGUGCCUCUAAAAAGACUGGCAAUCGACCCAAUCGAGUAUCGACGGCUCCCACUUCCCUCUAUUUUGGACGGCCAGGCUAAAACUAGUUUCGGUUCCAUCAAACAUGUGCUCUUGGGGCUUGAUGGCAAGGGAGCUCCUGACGAUGACAAACUAGAGCACUUCAUCUCGCUGAUGCCCCUUCUCUGCGAACUCCAACUACACGGGUUUCGAACGGAGUGGACCCCAGAAGGCGGGCGAUUCCUCCCUAACACCCAUCUUCAACACCUGGAAAGCCUUGACCUCUUGGAGAUUGCUUUCAACCUCGACCAUUUUGCUUCUUUUCUGGUAUCCCACAGCUCAACAGUUAAGCGUGUACAGCUAAGGUCUAUGCGAGGGGUGGCUCCGAAGCGAGGGGUGGUUCCCAACAAGUUCACGUGGGAACUUGUUUUUGAAUUGAUGAAUCAACAACUGAGAUGCCUGAAUGACGUUCAUAUCAGUGGUUUGUUUGGGCAGUCGCGUUGGCCAUUAAGUGAUAAUCAAUUCACCUGGAUAUGUGGAGAUGAUAUUCGCGGGCAUCAAUUGAAAUACGGUGUGGACGGUUUUGAGAUCGAGAAGUAUAUUAUGGAGGGCGGCGAGUGUCCCCAGAUUCCAUGGGAGAUCAGACAGUAA